AUGAAGGUGCAGGGGAUGAGUGGCGUGGGCGGUCUCCGAGCUCGCCGCCAACCACCCCAAAUGCCAGGAUGCCUUCCUCCAGCACAACGUCAUCCGCCUCCUCGUCUCCCACCUCGCCUUCGAGACGGUGCAGGAGCACUCAAGUACGCCGUCGCCUCCAAGAUGUCCAUCCACUCCCGUGCUCAUGGACAAGAAGAGCAACGACAGCUCACAGGACCCCUCGGGCAGCGGGGGAAAGCCGCCACUGCCACCACCGCCGCCGCCGUGGCCGCGGCGAAACCAACCACCCGUGGGCAUGGCCGGGAUGAGGCUGCACAACGCGUCCAUGUCCGCCACGAGCACGCGGGGAGAGAGUACGAGGACCCGGAGAUCAAAGACUACCUGAAAGCGCACGCCGCCCGGGCGCUGGGCACGCUGGCCACGGGCAACCCGGCCAUCUGCAAGAACAUCACGGAGUCGAGGGCGCUGCUCUGCUUCUCGAUCCUCCUCGAGAAGGCCACGGGCGACGUGCAGUACAACUCGGCGAUGGCGCUCGUGGAGAUCUGCCGCGUCGCGGAGCAGAACGCCGAGCUCCGGCGGUCGGCGUUCGCCCACCUCCCCCGGCGCGCGCCGUGGUGGACCAGCUCCUCCGCGUCGUGGAAGGCCGACUACGACGACCUCCUCAUCCCCUGCAUCACGUGCCUGGGGUGCCUGUCGAGGACGUUCCGGGCGACGGAGACCCGGGUCAUCGGCCCGCUCGUCAGGCUCCUCGACGAGCGGGAGGCCGACGUGAGCCUGGAGGCCGCGGCGGCGCUGGCCAAGUUCGCGUGCAUGGACAACUACCUGCACGUGGACCACUGCAAGUCCAUCAUCGCCCACGGCGGCGCCAAGCACCUGGUGCAGCUCGUCUACUUCGGCGAGCAGGUGGUCCAGACGGCGGCGCUCGUCCUCGUCUGCUACCUCGCGCACAACGUCCCCGACAGUGAGGACCUCGCGCAGGCCGAGAUUUUGACGGUGCUCGACUGGGCGUGGAAGCAAGGAUACAUGUCACAGGAUCCGGUGAUCGAGAGCUUGCUGCCCGAGGCCAAGAUUAGGAUGGAGCUCUACCAGUCCAGAGUAGGAUACUAUUGA